GGCAAUCUUCUUUGCCCGACUUCCCCAAGUCCCCGGUUUGAGCAAGAUCUCGUGCUCGAAGCGAGUCAGCGAUCUCCUUCCUGACAACCACCUGAGGCGUGCUAUCCUGUCAGAUACUGUGCAGUACUGCUCUCAUGUACCUAAAGGGUGGAUGACAAAUCUCUACUCCAAUGUAAUUGAAAUUGGGUUUGAACAACAGGACAACAUUGAUUAUGUCUGUGUGAUUUAUUUCAUAGACAUUAGCUCAUGUAAAUGAAGCUCUAUUAUCCUCUUUCACAGUUUGUGUAUAAGGCCAUCAGCUAAAGACGCAUACUUUCAUGCGGCAGGCAGACGUGAAGAUGCAGCUUGAACUAUGUGGAGCUUGGCGAAUAGACGGCAAGAAGGAUGUGAGACUGAGACAGCAUGCUAAAUAAUGAGAGAGGGAGAGCGAGAGAGAGGAGAGGCAGCAUGAAGCGGCUCACACGGCAGUCGGAUGCUGACAUACUCGGAGGACGUACCGGACCGGCACAGGAUGCGACGCGUGGGCCGGUGAAACCAUCGCCGCGACCAGACGAGCUGGGAGGAACACGCAAGGGAGCCAAACAAUAGCGACAACAGCACUUGAGCUCCCGCAACGCUCCAGAUCAAGCAGCUGGCGUAGCGAUCAUGGAUUUUAAUGAGAGCUUUGAGGCUGAGCCGACGGGCCUGGCGUCGAACGCAAGUGCGGACUACGAGGAGUACUACCCAGAUCCCGAUGCCAGUAAAAUCAUCAUCCCGUCCAUCUACGCCAUUGUCUGCUGCGUGGGCCUGACGGGGAACGGCAUGGUGAUUUACGUCAUUCUCAAGUAUGCCAAAAUGAAGACGGCCACCAACAUUUACAUCCUCAACUUGGCCAUCGCCGACGAACUGUUCAUGCUGAGCGUCCCCUUUUUCGCCACGUCGGCCGCCGUGCGUCGCUGGCCCUUCGGCUCGCUCAUGUGCAGGCUGGUGCUGAGCGUCGAUGGCAUCAACAUGUUCACGUCCAUCUUCUGUCUCACCGUGUUGAGCGUGGACCGCUACGUGGCCGUGGUGCACCCCAUCAAGGCCGCCCGCUACCGCAGACCCACCGUGGCCAAAAUGGUCAACGUUUGCAUCUGGGGGCUGUCGCUGGUGGUCAUCCUGCCCAUCAUCAUCUUUGCGGACACCGUCCCGGCCGAGGACGGCGCCGUGGACUGCAACUUCCUGUGGCCGGAGGCGUCCUGGUCCGAAGCCUUUGUGGUCUAUACCUUUCUUUUGGGAUUUCUCCUCCCCGUGGGGGCCAUAUGUUUGUGCUACUGCCUCAUGGUGGCCAGGAUGCGAGCGGUGGGCCUGAGAGCCGGCUGGCUUCAACGGCGGAGCUCUGAGAAGAAGAUCACCCGCAUGGUGCUGCUGGUGGUGGCCGUGUUCGUCCUCUGUUGGAUGCCCUUCUACGUCGUCCAGCUGGUCAGCGUCUUCCACGGGCCGCCGGACCCCGUGGUCACCCAGCUCUUCGUCAUCCUCAGCUACGCAAACAGCGGCGCCAACCCCAUCCUCUACGGCUUCGUGUCGGAUCACUUCCGCCGCUCCUUCCAGCGCAUCGUGUGUUUCCGCUGGCUGGAGUCCGGCAUGGAUGCCGAGCAGGUGGAUUACUGUGCUGUUGCCGUCAAGGGGCAAGCCGCAUGCCCCCAGCUGGAUUUCCCCAAGGACUUCACUGCCUCUGAUGCGGUGUUUCGCAACGGAACGUGUACCUCGCGCACCACCACUGUGUGAACAACUUUCCCAAAAGAAAACUUCAAAGAUUAUUAAUAGUGAUCGCGGAUGUUGCGUUGUGUUCUGUAGAUCCAAAACUGGUUGUGUCUUUUCACUGCAAUGGAAACACAGUGGUACCUUGACUUCCCAGUGUCCCAACUGAAGUCUUUUGUUUUACUUGUUUCCAUGUGUUUGUUUGUACAUAAAGUAGAUGUCCAGUAUAUUGCUGUUCAGUUGUAUGUAGUUCAUCAUGACCGUUUGUAUGUACAGUACAGUAGGCUACAUCCAUUGUUUCCAUUUGUUUGCCUGUAUGUACGGUAGAUGUAAAUUCAUACAAAAUGUUUCUGGACUUGUUCUAGCUGCUUAUAUUGCAAAUAAAAUGACAAAGCUCUAACCCCCCCCCACCUUCUUUUUUUUUUGUUUUGUUUUUGUUUGGGCAAAAGAAUAACACAC